AAAAACACGUUAAUUUGAAGAGUCAUUUUGAAUUAUUUGAAUUAUUUGAUUUAUUAGAUCUUGAAUUUUGAUGAACGUCUUUUUGUUUUCAGCAAUUCAUGGAAAAAUGAAUUUGUGAAAGAAUGAAUCGGGGAAAAACCUAUGGCUGUACCAACUACCAGAAAAGAUCUCAUGAUAGUCAAUAUGGUCCCUCACCAUCCAUCAAUGCACGGUGUUCUCCGACUCAUCGUUACUUUAGACGGUGAAGAUGUUAUUGACUGUGAACCGAUAGUGGGUUAUUUACACAGAGGUAUGGAAAAAAUUGCGGAAAAUCGAACAAUUAUACAAUAUCUGCCUUAUGUAACACGUUGGGAUUAUUUAGCUACUAUGUUUACAGAAGCAAUAACUGUAAAUGGGCCAGAACAAUUGGGAAAUAUUCAAUUAGUUAAAAAAAUGAAAUUGGAUGAUAUUAUGACGAUACUAGUACAAGCUAUCAAUUCUUUUUCCAUAUUGGAAUUCUUAAAAGAGGUUUAUGAGACUAUAUGGAUGCUUUUCCCUAUUUUGAUUCUCGUAUUGGGAAUUACAAUAGGUGUACUAGUAAUUGUAUGGUUAGAAAGAGAAAUAUCCGCAAGUAUACAACAACGUAUUGGACCUGAAUAUGCUGGUCCUUUGGGGAUUCUUCAAGCUUUAGCGGACGGAACAAAACUGCUUUUUAAAGAAAACCUUCUUCCAUCUAGGGGGGACACAUAUUUAUUUAGUAUUGGACCUUCUAUAGCAGUCAUAUCGAUUCUACUAGGUUACUUAAUAAUUCCUUUUGGGUCUCGCCUUGUUCUAGCCGAUCUCAGUAUUGGUGUUUUUUUAUGGAUCGCUGAUUCAAGCAUUGCUCCGAUUGGACUUCUUAUGUCAGGAUAUGGAUCAAAUAAUAAAUAUUCCUUUUUAGGUGGUCUACGGGCUGCUGCCCAAUCAAUUAGUUAUGAAAUACCAUUAACUCUAAGUGUGUUAUCCAUAUCUCUACGUGUGGUUCGUUAA